UAUUCAUACUCUUCCUUCUCCCAAAACCCAAAGCUUCAAACCCCCAUUCUCCUCUUUCCUUUCUCUAUAAAAUUACAAUCAAAAGAAUCCCUCUACCUCUGCUUCUAAACAAGUCACCCUCUCUUCAUCUUUCUCUUCCCAGUGUCUUCAAAUUUGACCAGCCUCGUCCGCACGGCAUCAAACUUUCAUAAGGGUACUCAUUUACAUUUACAAAAAGCAAUUAGGUCUAUCACAGAUAAACCAAAAUUUAGUGGAAAAGGUCUACAAAGACCCAAGCUCAAGAAAAGGUCCCCUGUAACUCAAGGAGGUCACUCUUCAUUUGGAGAAUUUAGUUAAAGAUUGAGCCUCAAGAGCCUGCAGACAAAGAAUGGCACAGUACAGUAAUGGUAGCUCAUCUGUUCAUCAAGGAGAAUCAAGCGGCCUCAGCCAUUCAGUGUCGGUUCCACCCCUGAUCAUUUCCUACAAUGAUCGCAUUCGUCCUCUACUUGAUGCUGUCGACAAGCUUCGUCACCUCAUGAUCAUGAGAGAAGGCAUCCAACUGCCUACCAUAGUUGUUGUUGGUGAUCAGUCAUCCGGUAAGUCAAGCGUCCUCGAGUCGUUGGCUGGGAUCAGCAUACCUCGAGGUCAAGGCAUCUGCACCAGGGUCCCUCUGAUAAUGAGGCUCCAAAACAACCCUGAUUCCGAACCCGAGCUUGUUUUGGAGUACAACGGGAAAAUGAUCCACACCGAGGAAUCCUUCAUUGCUGAAGACAUCAGUACAGCUACAGAGGAGAUUGCUGGCAGUGGCAAAGGGAUAUCGAAAACGCCACUGACUUUGAUUGUGAAGAAAAAUGGUGUUCCUGAUCUUACGAUGGUUGAUCUCCCCGGAAUUACAAGAGUGCCUGUUAAAGAUCAGCCUGAAGACAUUUAUGACCAAAUAAAAGAUAUAAUCAUGGAACAUAUCAAGCCAGAAGAGAGCAUCAUCUUGAAUGUCUUGUCUGCGACAGUUGAUUUUCCAACUUGUGAAUCGAUACGGAUGUCUCAAAGUGUCGACAAGACGGGAAUGAGAACGUUGGCAGUUGUGACCAAGUCUGACAAGGCACCAGAAGGCCUACACGAGAAGGUCACUGCGGACGACGUCAAUAUCGGCCUUGGUUAUGUUUGCGUUAGGAACCGAAUUGACAAUGAGACGUAUGAGGAAGCUCGAGUUGCAGAAGCCAAACUGUUUUCAACUCAUCCUCUUCUUUCCAAGAUUGACAAAUCUGUUGUGGGCAUUCCAGUUUUGGCUCAGAAGUUGGUGCAAAUUCAAGCAGGUAGCAUAGCAAGAUGCAUGCCGGAAGUUGUCAAGCAAAUUAACGAGAAGUUAGCUACAAAUAUUGCUGAGCUCAACAAGAUGCCGAAGAAACUAUCGACAGUCGCUGAGGCAAUGACAACAUUUAUGCAGAUCAUUGGACAAGCGAAAGAGUCCCUCCGGAAAAUUCUCCUUCGGGGAGAGUAUGAUGAGUUUCCCGAUGAUGAAAAGAUGCAUUCGACAGCCAGGAUGGUUGAAAUGAUCAAUCAGUUCUCCAAUGAGCUCCACAAGUGCAUCGGAACCGACAACACUGCUAACUUUCUAAUAGAAGAGAUCAAAGUCUUGGAGGAAUCCAGAGGCAUUGGACUUCCCAAUUUCCUUCCCCGUGCCGCCUUCCUCUCGAUUCUGCAGAGGAAAGUGAACUUAAUAUCAAAUUUACCAGUUGAGUUUGUGAUGAAAGUUUGGGAUUACAUUCAGGUCAUUGUCCUUGCCGUGUUGAUGCAGCAUUCUGAACACUAUCCACAGCUCCAGCAGCCCAUCAGACGAGCAGGGAAAAGCGUCGUCGAAGGGAUGAAAGAUCGAUCGAUGAGUUGGAUAACAGAGGUUGUAGAAAUGGAGAAGCUCACCGACUACACCUGUGAUUCUGCAUACACAACAGAAUGGAACAAGCUCAUGACCCAGCAACAGACAUUCUUAAAUCAGGUGCUGAGAAAUGAUUACCGCCCAGCUACUGUAUUCCUGGAGGGGUUUGGAAACAUCGAAGUGGGGAAUUUGUGGGAGCAUCCAGACGUUCUUCAGCAGGCUUUUGAUCUGAAGAUGAGGAUGACAGCAUACUGGAAGAUUGUAUUGAGGAGAAUGGUGGACAGCACGGCGCUGUACCUGCAGUACGGUUUGCAGAAUCUGGUGAACAAGGAGAUCGAGAAAGAGACAAUCGGGGAGCUGAUGAGUCCAUCUGGGGGAGGGAUCGAGAGGAUGUUGGAGGAGUCACCAUCGUUGUCAGUGAAGAGGGAGAAGCUGAAGAAGAGUAUCAAGUUACUAAAGGAAUCCAAGGAGAUUGUUGGGAGCAUUGUGGAUUCUGUUUCUGUCUCUUACAUUGGUGAGUGAGUGAAGUGAUUUCAUUUCAUGCUGCUUUCCAUUUUAAAUGCUUUGGAAUUGGAGUUUCCCUUUUAUAAUGUACUUUUCACUUUCCACUUUGUGUUUUCUUUAAUGGGAACUAAGGAUGCUUAAAUAUUAACCACA